AUGGGAACUUCUGCCCCCUGGACCGGACAAAUCAUCGUCACAGAGGAGGAGCCUGCAGAGGGCGUUGUUCCAGGCAGACCCCUUGAGCUACAGGUUACAGAAGCAACCAAGAACUAUGUUGUCCUGAGUUGGAAGCCACCUGGGGAGAAAGGCCUGGAGGGAGUCAUGUACUAUGUGGAAAAGUGUGUCUCAGGCACAGACAGCUGGCAGAGAGUGAACACGGAGAUCCCUGUCAAGUCUCCUCGUUUCGCAUUGUUUGAUCUCGCUGAAGGGAAGUCCUACAGUUUCCGCGUCAGGUGCUGCAACUCUGCCGGUGUCGGUGAACCCUCUAACCCAACUGAGGCCUUCACAGUCGGUGACAAGCUUGAUAUCCCAUCUGCCCCAGGCAAAGUGGUUCCCACGAGAAACACCGACACGUCAGUAGUUGUGUCUUGGGAGGCGUCCCGUGACGCCAAAGAGUUGGUGGGAUACUACAUUGAAGGGAGCAUCGUGGGCAGCCACGUGUGGGAGCCGUGCAACAACAAGCCGGUGAAUGUAACCAGGUUCAUCUGCCACGGGCUGAUGACAGGAGAGAAGUACGUGUUCAGGGUGAGGGCAGUGAACGCAGCAGGGCUCAGUCAGUUCUCACCGGAGUCUGAGCCUGUGGAGGUGAAGGCUGCUAUUGGUGAGUCAGAUGAAGACCAAUUACACCUCUUCUGCUCUUCUCUGCUAACUCCUGUAGGGGGCGGCAUCCCACAUGGUGUGUUGCCGGAGAUGGGGCCGGGGGGUAACGUGGGCUCACUAACUGAGCACAGGCCACGCUGGACGGACACGCAUGAAACUGUCCAGUCCCUCCCUGUCACUAAGCAAAAGUGUAGUAAAAAAGCUCAGGCUGACACUGAAGCCAGGGAGGGGGCCGGGGAUGCUGGGUCAGGUUGCACAGAGCCGGACCACAACCCUAACCCUGCACAAAACAAAAGCAAAGGGUGUAAGCGAGGCAGUGUGUCCUGUGCCCCCGACCUGGCAAAAGACUCAGUUUCUAACUCAUGCACUGACGUAGACCCAGCUGCACACUUAGAGCCAGUCACUGCUGAGGUUCAGGAUCAGGCUGUAGAGUCGGCUAACGGGCCUGAGUCCACACAGGCACAUGAGUUCACUGUAGUAGACACUGCUGCUAAUGAGGACACAGCGAGGCCAAGGAGAGAGUCAACAG